GAAAGGGGGGUUGUGUCAUGUACCUUUUUCCAAUCCCGGGCUGUAUAUGGAGAUUUGGGAUUCUUUAAACCGGCGCUACCUGGAUUUUAUUAAAAAGCGGGGAGCUGGGUGGGAGGAAAGCUGGCUUUUCCGGGGGCUGCGGGAGCCUGGCCUCGGGAGGGCGGAGGAGUUGGCGCGCUGUGCGCCAGGCCCGGGGAGCGGUUUUCUACCAAAAAAAGGAAAGGCGGGUAAAAAGUGUGAGGUUGCUGCGGGUGGCGGAGGGGAUGGCGGGCAGUCCGGGCGCCUAGCCAUCCCUGUCGAGUCCCUGUCGCCGGAGCCUGGAGCCCGGAGCCCCGCUGUGCCAGACGCCGUGUGUCCCGGUUCCUGCAUCUCUACCAGGCCGCCUGGAGGGGACUCACCUACCGCAGCUCGUGCGCCCAGGGUCGCGGGCCCAUCGCUGAGCUCAAACCCCGCUGGCCACCGCCAUGCACGCCGCGGAGCGCCCACCACCCAAGGUCACUAGGACUACAUCGAGGCUGAACUUUUAAGUCCCACUGAAGGAGGCCGGCGGGCCGGGUGGGGAGGCUGACCGCGGCACGUCCGCGGAGGAUGGAUGGCCGAGACUUCGGGCCCCAGCGGUCCGUGCACGGCCCCCCGCCGCCGCUGCUGUCCGGCCUGGCCAUGGACAGUCACCGUGUGGGCGCGGCCACUGCCGGACGUCUGUCCGCCUCGGGCUUACCGGGUCCGCUGCCGCCGGGGAAAUACAUGGCAGGUCUCAACCUCCACCCUCACCCGGGCUUUUCCCACCUGCCCAGUGGGCUGUACCCAUCCUACCUCCAUCUGAACCACCUGGAGCCCCCCAGCAGUGGGAGCCCCCUCCUCAGCCAGCUGGGCCAGCCCAGCAUCUUCGACACCCAGAAAGACGGUUUCUACCUGCCUGCGCCUGGAACCUUGCACUCUCACGGGACUUCUUCUAGAACCCCCGGUGGCCAUUCCUCAGGGGUUCCAUCCAAAGGCUCCUCCCGGGAAGGUGCAGGAAAGGAUCGUGCAGGCCGGGGUGGAGAUCCGCCUCCGUUGUUUGGCAAGAAGGACCCUCGGGCACGGGAGGAGGUGUCCGGGCCUCGUGGAGUGGUGGACUUGACCCAGGAGCCCCGGGCUGAGGGUCGCCAGGACCGUGGGCCUCCACGCCUGGCAGAACGUCUGUCUCCCUUCUUGACCGAGGCCAAGGUCAAAGGUGCACUGCAGCCAUCAGCCUUGAGCCUGUGUAACGGUGUAGUGGACACGGGGCUGGUGGCCGAGUUGGGCCGAGGGUCCAAGGAGGUGGCCAGGCAGGAAGAGAGUGCUCGGCUGCUGCGGAGGGCUGAGGCCCUGCUGCCCACAUCAAGGCCCUGUGGGUCUCCACUGCCACCACCCCCGCCACUACCCCCCAAAGGUCCCCCUGCUCCCCCUGCCUCAGCACCUGUUGGUGUCUACACGGUGUUCCGUGAACCAGGCCGUGAGCACCGCGUGGUGGCACCUACCUUUGUGCCUUCUGUGGAGGCCUUCGAUGAGCGUGUGGGACCCAUCCAAAUAGCAUCCCAGGCCCGAGAUGCCCGGGCUCGGGAGCGAGAUCCAGGUCGUCCCGGGGUCCUGCAAGGUCCACCAGGAUCCCCACGACCAGAACGACCUGAAGUCCUCCGGGAGAAGAGCUCUGUCAUCCGUUCCCUCAAACGUCCACUUCCAUCCGAUGGACCUCCAGCCCGUUCCUCCCGGGCCUCUCCAGAUGCCCGUGCCUACCUGCCCCCCAAGGAACUACCUAAGCCAGAGGCCGAUCCAAGGCCUUGUGAGUGUGCACCCCGAGGUCCUAGCAUCGCUGCUGCCCAGCAGGCUGCCAAGCUCUUUGGCUUGGAGCCAUCGAGGCCACCUGCACCCACUGGGCCUGAGCACAAAUGGAAACCCUUUGAGCUGGGUAACUUUGCCACCACUCAGAUGGCUGUGUUGGCUGCCCAGCAUCACCAUGCCAGCCGGGUAGAGGAGGAGGCAGCAGUCACAACAGCCUCCAAGAAAGUCUACCUGGACCCAGGGGGUACAAUGCCCCGUGCUGCGGCCACCUGCGGCAGGCCCAGUACUGACCUCCAUUCUGCAGCCCAUGGACCCGGAGAGGCCUCUGCUAUGCAGAGCCUCAUCAAAUACAGUGGUAGCUUUGCUCGGGAGGCGGUGGCCGUUCGCCCCGGUGGCUGUGGCAAGAAGAGCCCUUUUGGAGGCCUGGGCACCAUGAAGCCUGAACCUACACCCACAUCUACAGGUUCCACCAGAGCCCAGGCCCGCCUCUCACACCCUGGGGUCCCUACAGCUGGAGGGGGACGGCAGCUGAAGCGGGACCCAGAAAGGCCCGACAGCGCCAAGACCUUUGGACGGGAGGGCUCUGGUGCCCAGGGGGAGGCUGAAGUGAGGCACCCGCCUGUGGGCAUUGCUGUGGCUGUGGCCCGGCAGAAGGACAGUGGGAGCAGCAGUCGGCUGGGGCCUGGGCUGCCUGACCAGGAACGGUCUUUGUCGCUGAGCAAUGUCAAAGGGCAUGGCCGAACUGAUGAGGACUGUGUGGAUGAACGUGCUAGGCACCACCGGGAGGACAGGCUCCUAGGGGCACGACUGGACCGGGACCAGGAAAAGCUGCUUCGAGAAAGUAAGGAAUUGGCUGAUUUGGCCCGCCUACACCCCACCAGCUGUGCUCCUAAUGGCCUGAACCCCAACCUUAUGGUGACUGGGGGCCCAGCGCUGACAGGUUCAGGACGCUGGUCUGCUGACCCCGCGGCACAUUUGGCCACACACCCCUGGCUGCCUCGCUCAGGCAGCACAUCCAUGUGGCUUGCUGGACACCCCUAUGGCUUGGGACCCCCUUCUCUACACCAGGGCAUGGCUCCCGCAUUCCCACCUGGCCUCGGGGGCUCCUUGCCGUCGGCUUACCAGUUCGUCAGGGACCCCCAGUCUGGUCAACUGGUGGUUAUUCCUAGUGAUCACCUGCCUCACUUUGCUGAGCUGAUGGAGCGUGCUGCGGUGCCACCCCUCUGGCCCGCCCUGUACCCACCGGGUCGCAGUCCCCUGCACCAUGCCCAGCAACUGCAGCUAUUUUCCCAGCAGCACUUCCUGAGACAGCAAGAGCUGCUGUACCUUCAGCAACAGGCUGCUCAGGCCCUGGAACUGCAGAGGAGUGCCCAGCUGGUGCAGGAGCGGCUGAAGGCACAGGAGCAUCGUGCUGAGAUGGAGGAGAAAGUGAGUAAGAGGAGUCUGGAGGCCGCAGGCAAGGCUGGCCUGGCUGCUUCGGGCCCAGGGAUGCUGCCUCGAAAGCCCACUGGACUGACCACAGGCCCCUCAGGAGCCCACAGCAAGGCCGUGAGCCCACCGCCAUCACCCCGAGCCUCCCCUGUGACGGCUCUGAAGGCCAAGGUUAUCCAGAAACUGGAGGAUGUGUCCAAGCCACCUGCCUACACCUACCCUGCCACGCCGAGCUCCCACCCCAGCAGCCCAUCACCCGCCUCCCCGCCACCCACCCCUGGCCUCACCCGCAAGGAAGAAGCCCCUGAGAAUGUGGUGGAGAAGAAAGACCUGGACCUGGAGAAGGAGGCGCCCAGCCCCUUCCAGGCUCUAUUCUCAGAUAUGCCCCCCAGGUACCCAUUCCAAGCCCUGCCACCACACUAUGGGAGGCCAUACCCCUUCCUACUGCAGCCUACCACAGCCGCUGAUGCUGAAGGCCUGGCCCCCGACGUGCCACUCCCUUCCGAAGAACCCGAGCGCCUUGCACUGUCCCCGGAAGACAAGCCCAUCUGCCUGUCACCCUCCAAGAUCCCAGAGCCACCUCAGGAGAGUCCAGAGGAAGAGCCUUUGGCUGACAGGGAGGUGAAAGCUGAGGUGGAGGACAUAGAGGAGGGCCCCUCAGAGCUGCCUCCCCUGGAGUCACCACUAGCUUUGCCUGUCCCUGAGACCAUGGUGGCUGUGAGCCCGGCAGGUGGCUGUGGAGGUGGCCUGCUGGAGGCCCAGGCGCUGAGUGCCUCAGGGCAGGGCUGUGGGGAGCCCUCUGAAGGCUCAGACUUUGCACAGGUUACUGAAUCGCAGAUGGAACUACCAGGCAGGACAGAACCCCAUGUGGCCACCCUGGACCUGGGGACACGGCUGACACCAGAGCCACUGGUAGAGACUAAGGAGGAGCCAGUGGAGGUAUUUCUGGAUGUGCUGAUGGAGAGACCUGUGGCUGAGGCAGAACCUGAGGAAGGCCUGCCCCAGCCAUCUCUGCCUGAGCCCCAGCCCAGCUUGGAGCUCUCACACUGUGACCUACCUGCCACAGAGGAUCAGUGUUCGAACCUCGAGGCCCAGGAGGCUGCACCUGCUCCGGGCAGUGCCUGCUAUCUGGAAGAGGCUAGGGAUGAACAACUGUUGCCAGUCCUAGAGGAUCCACUGGCCGGCAUGAAUGCACUGGCAGCUGCUGCUGAGCUACCCCAGGCUAGGCCUCUGCCCUCUCUGGGCACUGGGGUCCAGGCUGUGGAGAAACUGGACCCGGCCCCCAGCAUGGUCUUGGAGCACAGCUUCCUGCAAGGGAUCAACCUGCUGAGUGAGAUCGCUGAGCUGGAGCUGGACAAGAGGAGCCAGGAGAGUGCAGAGCCAAGCCUAGCUGUUCGGCCCUCACUGGAGAGCCUCCUGGCAGCCAGCAGCCACAUGCUGAAGGAGGUACUGGAAGGCCCCUUUGAGGACCCACUCAAGAACCUGCGGCUCCCUCGUGAGCUGAACCCCAACAAGAAGUAUAGCUGGAUGCAGAAGAAAGAGGAACAGAUGUUUGCCAUGAAGUCGUCCCUGGAGGAUAUGGAUGCCCUGGAGCUGGACUUCCGGAUGCGGCUCGCAGAGGUCCAACGUCAGUACAAAGAGAAACAGCGAGAGCUGGUAAAGCUGCAGCGACGCCGAGACUCGGGGGACAGGUUCGAGGAUCCCCAUAAGAGGCUGGCACGCAGAGGCCCUGGCAGGCCACGGAAACGGACCCACACCCCGAGCGCCCUGUCGCCCCCCUGCAGGAGAGGGAAGAGCCACAGCGGUAGCGGAAAGCUGAGCAGCAAGUCCCUGCUGACAUCAGAGGACUACGAGCUGGGAGCAGGGAUGAGGAAGCGACACAAGGGGUCUGAGGAGGACCACGGUAUCGGAAUGGGGAAAGCCAGGGGCAGGAACCAGAGCUGGGAUGAGCACGAAUCCUCAUCCGACUUCGUGAGUCAGCUAAAGAUUAAGAAGAAGAAGAUGGCCAGCGACCAGGAGCAGUUGGCAAGCAAGCUAGACAAAGCCCUCUCCCUCACAAAGCAGGACAAGCUGAAGUCGCCCUUCAAGUUUUCGGACAGUCCUGGGGGGAAAUCGAAAAUUAGUGGGGGCUGCGGGAGGUUCUUGACAUCUUAUGACAGCCUGCUGGCCAAGGACAGGAAGGUGCUGGCCAAAGGCCUCGGCCUGUCUCUGAAGCCCUCCAGAGAAGGUAAACACAGAAGGGCUGCCAAAGCCAGGAAGAUGGAGGUGGGGUUCAAGGCCAGAGGCCAGCCGAAGUCUGUCCACUGUCCAUUUGCCUCAGAAGUGAGCAGCUACUCCUACAAUACGGACUCAGAGGAAGAGGAGGACUUCUUGAAGGAUGAGUGGUCUGCCCAAGGCCCUUCCAGCUCCAAACUGACCCCAUCCCUCCUGUGUGGCAUGGUGGCUAAGAACAGCAAGCCGGCCGCAGGCCCCAAACUGACCAAGAGGGGCCUGGCAGCCCCCCGGACUCUGAAACCCAAGGCGGCCACCGGCAGGAAACAGCCGUUCUGUUUGCUGCUCCGAGAGGCCCGCCCCUCCUUCAGCGACUCUUCGGAGGAUGACUCAUUUGAUCAAGAUGAGAGCUCGGAGGAGGACGAGGAUGAGGAAGAGCUGGAGGAGGAGGAGGAGGAAGAGGAAGAGGAGGAGGAAGCUGGUGGUAGUUAUAGGCUGGGCACCCAGGAGCGGGCCCUGUCUCCGGGCCUGGAGGAGAGUGGACUAGGCCUGUUGGCUCGCUUUGCGGCCAGCGCCCUCCCUAGCCCCACGGUGGGGCCACUCCUAUCGGUGGUACAGUUGGAAGCCAAGCAGAAGGCUCGAAAGAAGGAGGAGCGACAGAGCUUGAUGGGCACAGAGUUUGAGUACACAGAUUCAGAGAGUGAAGUCAAGGUCCCCAAGCCGUCACCUGCUGGGUUACUGCGGCCCAAGAAGGGACUGGGGGAGCCUGGACAGCCGUUGGCUGCACCUGCACCUGGCACCCGGGGCUCUGGUCCAUCCAGCCCCGACAAGGCCAAGCUGACGGUGGAGAAGGGUCGGAAGGCCAGGAAGCUUCGUGGCCCCAAGGAGCCUGGCUUUGAGGCGGGGCCGGAGGCCAGUGAUGACGACCUGUGGGUUCGCCGCCGGAGUGAGCGCAUCUUUCUACACGACGCCUCAGCUGCAGUCCAGGCACCCAGCACCACGGCACCAGCACCCAAGCCCAGCCGCUGUGGCAGGGGUGGUGCCCCCAGCCCACGCAAGGACACCAGCCGAGCCAAGGACAGGAAGGAUCCCAGGAGGAAGAAGAACGGGAAGGAGGCUGGGUCAGCAGCCACCCUGCCACAGCCCCGAGUUACCACCCUGCCCGAGGCCAGGGCAACUCACACAGGAUCCCUGGCAACCGCCAAACGGAGUAAGGCCAAGGCCAAAGGGAAGGAUUCAAGGAAGGAGAACCGAGGAAAAGGGGGUGCUGUGAGCAAGUUGAUGGAGUGUAUGGCCGCAGAGGAGGACUUUGAACCCAACCAGGACUCCAGCUUCUCUGAGGAUGAGAACUUGCCCCGUGCUGGGGCUGUAGAGCGACCUUUGACCCCAGCUCCCCGCUCCUGCAUCAUUGAUAAGGAUGAGCUGAAAGACGGCCUGCGUGUGCUGAUCCCUAUGGACGACAAGCUGUUGUAUGCAGGGCAUGUGCAGACCGUGCACUCGCCUGACAUAUAUCGUGUGGUGGUAGAGGGUGAGCGUGGAAACCGUCCCCACAUCUACUGCUUGGAACAACUGCUUCAGGAGGCGAUUAUUGAUGUGAGGCCAGCCUCUACACGCUUCUUGCCCCAGGGCACCAGGAUUGCAGCCUACUGGAGCCAGCAGUACCGCUGUCUCUACCCAGGCACUGUGGUCCGAGGGCUGCUGGACCUAGAGGAUGAUGGAGACUUGAUCACUGUGGAAUUUGAUGAUGGGGACACAGGCAGGAUUCCUCUCUCACACAUUCGCCUCCUGCCACCUGACUAUAAAAUCCAAUGUGCCGAGCCUUCCCCAGCCCUGCUGGUGCCAAGCGCCAAACGCCGCAGCCGGAAGACUAGCAAAGACACUGGGGAAGCCAAAGAGGGGGUUGCCGCAGGGUCCCAGGAGACCACAGGAGGGAAGCCUCGAGGGCGAGGGCGGAAACCCAGUGCCAAGGCCAAGGCUGGCAGAGCUACCGUCCUGGAGGAGGGGGCCCCCAUGGAUGAAGUCCCCAGUGCCCCCUUGGCCCUGGAGCCCAUCAGCAAC